UUUGACGUCUCCGCGGCUCUCCGAGCCCUUGCGGCGUCCUCCUCGGAUUGUGCUUCCGGCGUGAAGGUUACCGACAAGAUGGUGCCGCCGGUGCAGGUCUCUCCGCUCAUCAAGCUCGGCCGCUACUCCGCCCUGUUCCUCGGCGUGGCCUACGGAGCCAAGCGCUACAGCUACCUGAAACCCCGGGCGGAAGAGGAAAGGAGGAUCGCCGCUGAGGAGAAGAAGCAGCAGGAUGAACGGAAACGGAUUGAGAGAGAGCUGGCAGAAGGUUCCAGUGAGAACGUGCGGCACAAGGAAGACCAAGGACAAGGCUUUAAGCAGAGCGUAGUCGGGCUGCGCCGUAACUAGAGACUGGAUGAUGUUGAGCUGAGAUGGUCUGUUGGGAUCGCCUGAGGCUGUAAUAACACGUAUGUUU